AUGCGUCCCGGGCAGAUCUCGAUUGCGACAGGAGAGAUUAAUUGCUCGGAUUGUCUACGGAUACGAUACGACAGCGAUACGCGAGGGGUUCAGAAGCCCCCGCUCCGACAUCCCGACGUCGACGAGGCUGAGCGAAGCAACAGCUUUCCCAUCCCCCGAACCAUUAGAACACGGCAGGCAGCACACAGCAGCAGCGCUGUGUCGAAAACUCUAAUCAUAAUGGCAUCCGAGUCCAGACUCUACACCUUCAGCCAGGAGAGCAGAGAUCACCUACGCAAGUUCCGCCUCGGGACCUCGCGCGCCAGCAACCCCCAGGCCGUGAUAUACAUGAUCGACAAGCAAUCACUGGAGAUCAAGCAGGACGAGGACAAGACGGUCUACACGAACCUGGAGGAGAUAGGCGAUGAUCUGCCCGACCACUCGCCGAGAUUCGUGCUGCUGAGUUACCCGAUGACCCUACCUUCUGGACGACUAUCGGUCCCGUAUGUACUCUUGUACUACCUCCCUGUGACGUGCAAUGCCGAGCUGAGGAUGCUGUACGCGGGGGCGAAGGAGUUGAUGAGGAAUACCGCGGAGGUGGGGAAGGUGAUUGAGAUUGACUCGGCGGAUGAUCUGGAGGAGCUGCCUUCGAAGUUGGGCUCGGCAUAG